CAUCAGUAAUAAUACAAAAAUGUGUUUGUUAAAACGCGUCAAUAUAUAUAAUAGAGCAUGCAAUAUUGAAUUAAUUUUCCGUCUACUCGAACAAACAAAUAUUCCUUCGUAGUCCUCCUGCAUAUAAUUCCAAAGCUUGCUACAGUCAUCACCAAAACAAAGCCACUCAGUAAGUCAAGGCGAAAGCGAUUUACAAAUGCAGCGUUUUGGUCCAACUCCAAUGUCUAAAAGCUUUACUUAAACCACCGACGAGGACAGCACCACCAGCCACCCAUUAGUUGAACUUGGAACCUUUCACACCUUUCACACGCUACAAGCUUCAUUUCUUGUUUCUAAAAGUCUAAAAUCCUAGAAUGCUUGCAACUCUGUGAGUCUCUCAAAUGGAAUUCGUCACUGGUACACACCCAGGUUCUGUUUUCCAACUUGUUUCUAUCUUUUUGAUUGUUUUUUGCUCUCUUGCUCUGUUUUGCUCUGCUUCGAGUUCAAUCACACAGGGCCAAACUUUAAAAGACGGCGCGACUUUGAUCUCCGAUGGCCAAACCUUCGAACUGGGAUUCUUCAGUCCGGGGAACUCUUCGUCCCGGUACGUGGGGAUUUGGUACUACAACCUUUCAAACCGGACAAUCGUUUGGGUCGCAAACAGAGAGAAGCCGAUUUCCGAUGAAGCUGGAGUGUUAACAAUCGGAAGCGAUGGUAAUCUGGUGAUUCUAGAUGGAAACAGCAGUGAAAUAUGGUCUAGCAAUGUUUCAUCAAUAUCCAAGAACACAUCUGCAGUCCUGAAAGAUGCAGGAAACCUUGUGCUUUCCACAAAUGAAACUACCAUGCCUUAUUGGGAGAGUUUCGAUUUUCCUACGGAUACGUUUUUGCCUGGGAUGAGAGUGAAGGUGAACGCUAACGAGGGAGUGAAUCGUGCUUUCAGGUCUUGGAAAUCUGCCAACGAUCCAGCUCCAGGUGAUUAUUUCUCGGGGGUUGAUCCUCGAGCAGCACCACAGCUUAUGAUAUGGAAUGGUUCAGAAAGAAGAUGGAGAAGUGGGCACUGGAACAAGCUGAUAUUUAUUGGUCUUCCCGAAAUGCCCACAAGAUACUCGGCUGGUUUUAGUCUUACGGAUCGGGCAGACCAAAAUGGGAGCAACUACUUAUCUUACACACCAUGGAAUGAAUCCGAUAAGCUGAGGUUUCGAAUUGGGUGGGAUGGUUAUGAAGAGCAAUCUAUUUGGGUGGAAGAUAAAAAUGAGUGGGUUGUUCUUAUGUCUCAGCCGAACAAGAGCACCGAGUGUGAGCUUUACAACAAGUGUGGGAACUUCGGGCUUUGUAGUGCAUCGGAUGCUAGUUGUGAUUGUAUGCAAGGAUUUGAAAGAAUAAAUUGGGGGAAUUGGUCAGAUGGGUGUUCUAGGAAGACCCCAUUGAAGUGUCAGAGAAAUAGUACUAAUGAUGAAGAUGGUGAGGAUGGUUUUGUGGCGGUGAAGUGUACAAAGGUGCCGGAUUUUGCAGACUUGGUGGUGUCGACAGGUCCACAGGUGACUUGUGAGCAGUCUUGUUUGAACAAUUGUUCUUGCACUGCUUAUGCAGAUGUUUCUGGACUUGGCUGUAUGCUUUGGACAACUGAGUUGGUGGAUGUGCAGCAGUUUUCAAAGGGAGGAAACACCUUGUAUGUUCGUCUUGCUCAUGCCGAUUUAGGUGGCAGCAAAAGGUUAUCCACUCUUGCGAUAUCUUUAUUUUCUGUAACGGGAGCAAUCUUCGUAGCCAUCUUCAUAUUUCUAGUAUGGAGGUUCAGAGCAAAACUCAAAGUGUUGCCCACCACUUCAAUUUCAUGGUUGAGAAUCAGUGAAACACCAACACACAAUGCUGGCAAGAGCAAAGAAUUCUCAACAGAAAUGUCAGGAUCAAUUGACCCUACUGUAGAUUGGAAUCAAGUAAAUGGACCUGAUGAUUUGCCAGCAUUCAGUUUUAACAGUGUAGCAGCUGCUACAGACCACUUUUCUCUAGUAAACAAGCUUGGGAAUGGGGGAUUUGGUACUGUCUACAAGGGAAACCUUCCAGGACUAGAAGAAAUAGCUGUCAAGAGACUUUCGCAAGUAUCUUGCCAAGGGUUGGAGGAGUUUAAGAAUGAGAUCAAUUUGAUUGCUAAAUUGCAGCACAGGAAUCUUGUUAGGCUAUUAGGCUGUUGCAUUGAAGGAGAAGAAAAGAUGCUGCUAUAUGAAUACAUGCCAAACAAAAGCUUGGAUUUCUUUCUUUUCGAUGCAACCAGGCAAGCACUACUAAAUUGGAGUAAACGCUUCAUGAUUAUUGAAGGGAUUGCACGAGGACUCCUGUAUCUUCACAGAGAUUCUAGACUUCGAAUAAUUCAUCGAGACCUGAAAGCUAGCAACAUUUUGCUAGAUGAAGAUAUGAUUCCUAAAAUUUCUGACUUUGGUAUGGCAAGAAUAUUUGGGGGGAACCAAAACGAAAUAAACACAAUGAGAGUUGUUGGAACAUACGGUUAUAUGGCACCUGAAUAUGCAAUGGAAGGUCUGUUUUCAGUGAAGUCAGAUGUCUAUAGCUUUGGGGUAUUGCUGCUAGAGAUUGUGAGUGGCCGGAGGAACACUAGCUUACGGACCUCAGAACACUUGAGCCUUAUUGGAUAUGCAUGGAAUCUCUGGAAUGCAAAUAAAGCAGAGGAUCUUAUUGAUCCUUCCAUUGCAGAAACUUGUAAUCAAACUGAAUUAAUCAGAUGCAUACAUGUUGCAUUGUUGUGUGUACAAGAUUCCGCAGAUUCCAGACCAACCAUGUCGGCCGUGGUGUUAAUGCUGGAGAGUGAAACUGCAAAUCUUCCAUUGCCAAGAGAACCCAUGUUUACUUCAAUUAAGAGAUAUGUGGAUACAACCUUUAGUACAGAAGAAGAAGCCCCUGGUGUAGUAUCCGUAAACCAUGUCACAAUCACAAUGGUAGAUGGAAGGUGACAACAUUUUUUGCUACCUGUUAUUUGCUAGUCCAUCCAUUUUUGGGGUACAAGCAAAUAUGUAUAGAUACUAUAGUUAUUAGUAGAUAGUCAGAGAGAGUUCAGAGCCGGGGAGCUUCUUCUCACAGCUAAUAUUUUCCUCUUCUUAUUAAUAAUUUUGGCGGUUUAUGUUCGAAGUUCAAUUCAAUCAGUUUCUGAAG